AUGAAUCAUCUUGAAGAACCAAUACUAACAUGGCUCCAACAAACAAUAGCCGAAAAUUCAUCAUCCGUGCUGAAUGAAACAGCAUCAUGUUUAGAAUUUGAUCCCGAAGGAAUACAAUACAUCAAGUGGAUUUACAUUGUUUUUGGAGAGUGUGUACAUAGUGCUCGUGAACAGGCUUCAUUCUACAUUGGAAUGUUAUCGUUAUUUUGUUGGAUUUUAGCACUUUUACCACAAAUAAUAGCCAAUUUUAAAAACAAGGAUGCCAGUUCGCUUUCUAUUGGAUUUUUGAUACCAUCAACGAUAGGAGAUACUUGUAAUAUGAUUGCUUGUAUAUUGUCUGGACAAUUAAUGACACAGAUAUUUGUGGCUACUUAUUUUGUCAUGGUUGAUGUUGUAAUUAUUGGACAAUACAUCUUUUACUCACUCAAGUCCAAGCUGAAAGUUGCAACCAUUACCAUUCUGGCAAGUGUUAUAUUUGUUAUUUCAUUCCUUGUUCUUUCCAAUAGAAAUGAGCUCAACAAUCAAAUUGUUCAUCAAAAUACUGGUAGAAAAUUACAAUCACUCAAACCAGAACACAUGAUGAUUGUUAAGGGUCAAGAAGGUGUUCCAAAACAUAAUGAUUUUGUCUUUCCUCCAAACACUACCAUUUCCAUGGUUGGUUUCAUUAUUGGUUGCAUUUGUUCAGUCAUGUACAUGUUCUCUAGGUGGCCUCAAAUUUACAAAAACUUUAAGAGACAAUCCACAGAAGGUCUCUCAAAGGUCUUUUUCAUUUUGGCAAUCUUUGGUAAUUUAUUCUACCUUAUUUCAAUUUGGCUUUUUUCUAGUGAUGGUGAAUAUUUAUUAACUAGAUUACCUUGGUUAGCCGAAACUCAUUUGAAUGUUUGCUUGGAUACUUUUAUUUUCUGUCAAAUUAUUUACUAUUCACACAGAAAGCAAUAUAAGGAUAAGGUGGAAAAGUUACAAAAUGCUGCAACUGUAGUUGAUUCGAAUAACAAUCGUGAUUCUACAGAACUCCAUGUCGGACUGAAUGAGAAGGAAACUAUUUCGACCAUUGCUCCAUCAUCUACAGAAAAUAAUCAUUAA